AAUAGGCCCUAUCUUCCCGGGCCAGCUUGUGGCAACUCCAUGAAGCCUUACAUUCUAUUCGGUGGCUGUGGCGUGUUGUGUGUGUGUAACACAACUCCAAGACACGGGCAAUACGAUCGGAGGCGUAAUCAUCCAUGCUUAUACUGCAUCUCUGCUCGCACAAAAUACGCAGACGGACCGAUCGAUCAAUGUACUCUUUUCAGCCCGCGAAAAUUUCAUAGUUUAUCUGGUGUAUGUAUAGGUGGAUGGGUGCGCCAUGUUCCUCUAUCUAACACAUCUCUAAUCCGGAACCUCCCCGCCGUCACUUGCCCUUUUCUCUCCCUCUCCAGAUUCUCCCCGCAGCCAAAUCUCACGAAGUAAGAUUCUCCGUUCUGGAACUCAUGCCGUCAUCACCAUAUCGCAAUCUUCCCGCGACACCAUGAGCGUCGUUGACGAGAAUAUCUCCGCGGCUCUGGCCAUGGCGGGUUUUGCCGGCGUAGCCUGGUGCCUUGGUGUUGAGAUCAGCAUAUCUCUAUUCCUACUCUUCAAGCGGCGGCGCGGACUUUACUUCUGGUCCUGUGCCAUUGGAAUAUGGGGUGUUAUUCUGCAGACCUUAUUCAUCAUCCUAGCGGACUUUGGUAUAUGGACAGCGAAGCAGACGCCCAUCGUCCUGAUCUAUUUAACAUGGGCGAUGAUGGUUAUCUCACAGUCGUGGGUCUUGUUCUCACGACUGCAUCUCUUAAUACAAAAGCCCAAGAUACUUAAAUGGAUACGGGUGGUAUUGAUAUUCAACUCAGUCGUCAUUGGUAUUAUUACUAUCACACUAGGUACUAUCGCGCAAACCGCCAAACCCUCCCUCUUCCCCACAAACAACAUCUGGGACCGCUUCCAAACCGCCGUCUUCUUCGUGCAAGAAACCGCCCUCAGCAUCCUAUACAUCUGGCAAACACGCGCCUACCUACGAGACCUAGCCCCUCUCCUAACCACCGCACGCCCCUCAUCCAACUCCUCAUCUAGCAUCGCGCCCUCGCGCAUCGCAAAGAAGAAAACAAUGCUGCACCAACUAAUGUGGAUCAACGUCCUAAUAAUCUGCCUCGACAUCACCCUCCUCGGGAUCCAGAACGCAAACCUAUUCUACCUCGCCGGCGCCUUCAAACCCGCCGUCUACGGCGCGAAGCUGAAGCUAGAAUUCGUCAUUUUAAACCGGCUGAUCAAAACCCUGCCCGGGCCCCGCGACGGAAGCAGUACCUUGCGCGGCAGUGUGGAGAGUCCGGCCGCGGGGGGUGGCGGAGGUGGGCUGGAUGGGAGCGCGGUUGAGGUGUCGAGGCCGUGGGAUGCGUAUACGCCGACGAAACCGCAUACCACGGAAAACACCUUCGGUAUCGGAUGAAUGCCUCCCAUAUUUAUAUAAUGCGGUCGAUAUACCGCAGCACGUUAAGGAGACAGAAGAUUAC